CCGUGGGAACCUGACUACUGGUCGCAAAGAUGGGUGCUAAAUGCCAUCGAUCAAGCAACCAGCUGGCCUCGUUCUUUCAUCUGCAAGAGCAAAGCAGAAGCAGGCGCAAAGCUGCAGGUCUGGAUAAAUGAAGAGGGACCACCGAAAAGAGUGAGAUCCGACAAUGCCAAAGAGUUCAAGGAACCAGGUAGCACUUGGAAAAAGACAGCACAGAAACAGU